AUGGUCAACCUCUCUGCCGCCCGACGCUCGCGGCUAUUCCUCGUCAUCUGCGUUCUCUGCGCGACAAUCAGCGCCAGCAGCGGCCAAUGGGUGGGCGUGUCGCUCGGCCUUGACUUGUCGUCGCAGCCCAUGGACCCAGCACGCGCCGUGUCGCUCAUCAAAGCGCGCGGAUUCUCCGCGGUGAAACUUUUCCGCCCAGACGGGCCCACGUUCACCGCGCUAGCUGGGUCCGGGCUGGAGGUGGUGACGGCGGUGCCCAACGACCGCCUGGCGGAAUUCGCGGCGGGCAGCGCGGCGGCCCUGAUGUGGGUGGACGCGAAUAUCAUGCCAUACGCCGACAAGUGCAACAUCACCGAGAUAUCCGUGGGCAACGAGGUGAUGGGGCAGCGCGAGGGCGCGAACGACGCGCUCCACUCUCUAGUGCCGGCCAUGGAGUCGCUUUACUCGGCGCUGGAGGCGCGCAAGCUGCACGGGCGCGUGAAGGUGACGAGCCCGCAGGACAUGACGUUUCUCGCCGCGUCCUUCCCGCCGUCCGCGUCCGACGUGCACCCCAGCAUCCGCGACGAAAUGACCAAGCUGCUCACUUUCCUCAACCGCACAGGCUCGCACGCGGUGCUCAACUGCUACCCGUUCUUCGCGUACCAGUCGGCGCCGCAGCAGCUCUCGCGCGACCUCGUGUUCUUCAAGGGCGCAACCAGCGGCGGGUACAGCGACGGGUCGCUCUUCUACAGCAGCAUGCUGGACGCCAUGAUCGACGCCGCUAUCGCCGCCUUUGAAAAGCUCGGAUUCCCCAACAUCCCCAUCACUGUGGGCGAGGUGGGGUGGCCGACAGCAGGAUCACCCGUGGCAUCCCUCUCAGACGCAGCAGAGUUCAACGGAGCACUCAUCGACCACAUCACGUCCGGCCAGGGCACGCCCAAGCGCCCAGGCGUGCCCAUCCGCGCAUACGUCUUUGCAAUGUUUGAUGAGGAUCUCAAAGACGCGGGGCCCGGCGCGUUCGAGCACGCGUGGGGCGUCAACUAUGCCAACGUGCCCGCACCCACGCCGUCACCGGCACCGCCGUCCCUCUCCCCACCACCCCCUCCCAGCACGUCCCCACAAACCCCCCCGCCGGAUUCCCCACCGCCCACGUGUGAUGCAGCAGCGGAGAGUGCAUGGAACGCCAUGGCAUGGGCGUGUGGGGCAGGGCACGUGGCGUGUGGGGACUUGAAUGGGGAUGGCAGUGGGUGCUGGGCGGGGCAGAGCAGCAGCGGGCAGGUGGCUGUGCAGGCUAGUGUGGCAAUGAACAGGUAUUUCCAGGCAGCAGGGCAGGGGGAAGGCACGUGCGACUUUGGUGGUUCCGCUGCUGUGGUGUCAGCUGUGCCAGCCGUUCUGGCAGGGUGUGGGCUGGAAUCUGGAAAUGGCAAGUGGUGUGUGGCCGCAUGCCUACAGUAG